AUGGCAGGAUUCUUUUAUCUAGGAGGGAGAGACAACAACAACAACAACAAGCAAGAUCAUCAUCAAGUAGACAAGGAUCAUCAUCAACAUCAAGACAAGAGCAAUUAUCUUUACCUUUACAAAGACGAGAUCUAUAAUACUAACAAGGGUUUCGAGAUUUGGCCUCCUCAAUACUUCCAACAGCAACAAGAACAACAACAACAGCAGCAACAACAACAUGUCUCAGCUCCUACAAACUUCUACUCUUUUGGAAUGGUCCCAAGUGGAAGCAGCAGCAACAACAACAACAAUAACCGGAGCCGGAGUUUAUACUUCAACGUAGUCUCCGAUCAUGAACCGGGAGGGUUCACGGUGACGAGACAAGGAGGUAUGAAUUGUCAAGAUUGUGGGAAUCAAGCUAAGAAAGAUUGUCCUCAUAUGAGAUGUAGAACUUGUUGCAAAAGCCGAGGCUUUCACUGUCAAACUCACGUUAAAAGCACUUGGGUUCCUGCUGCUAAACGCCGUGAGCGUUUAGCCCAACUUGCUUCCUUGCAGCACCAUUCCUCCUCCAGCCGUGAAACGCAAAACGCGAAACGCCUACGAGAAGCUAAUGGUGGUGGUGAUAAUAAUGAUGAUAAAGACCAUAGUGGUGGUGGAUCGGCUCAUGGUAAUACCCGUGUGGUGAAUGCUAAUUCUAAUUCAGGGUUGGAGGUGAAUCAACACUUACCACCGGAGGUUAGCUCACCAGCGGUGUUCCGGUGCGUUCGAGUGACCUCAAUAGAAGAUGAAGAAGAUGAUCAAGAAUAUGCUUAUCAAACGGCUGUGAACAUUGGAGGACAUGUCUUCAAAGGCAUUCUCUAUGACCAAGGACCAGAUCAAGACCAUCAUCAUCAACUUAACCUCCUUGCCUCCACUGCUACAACUACCAAUGCUGAAGAUACCGCUGCUAAAACGGCGGUUACUGUUGCCGGUAACAAUAAUAACGGAUUAAUUCUCGAUCCGUCGUCGCUUUACCCGGCUCAACUCAACUCUUUCAUCGCCGGUACGCCAUUCUUCACACCUCCAAGGUCUUGA